UUCACUGUGUCCUAUAUUGUUUAUUGUGUUGGAGGCAUGUUGACCCAGGCGCUCUUUAUCCCGCACGGACUACCACACUACUGCGCUAACACUGCCGGCUCUAUAUACUCGGGUGUGCUCCCCCGAUUGUGCAAUGGCCUUUGCCCAUGAAGGCUGCAGAGGUCCAGUCCUGCUGACUGAACACCAGAGCCUGCAGCUCCUGGGGGACGAACCGAGGGGU